AUGGGCAUCCCGCUUGUAUACGAACCCGUAGCAUCGCGCACUGAACAGAAUUUCAAACCGGACCCCUCCGCUGUCGCCCGGUCGUCCAUUCGACGCCAGAACGCUAUCCGUCGACCUCGACGGAAUGGCGCCAUCAUCAGCAACUCGCGCAAUAAUCGCGGUUCCUCAACACGAUGGCCUCUACCGCACAUGCUUGACGCCUUCACCCGCGAAGCGGAACGGGAAGUCAACAGCCGCGGCUCGCGUAGCCCUAGAUCGAACGUCUCGCCCACGGAUGAUUUGGGAACCUGGAAUUCUCUGAAUUCAAUCACUCGGCAUGAGAUGGGCCAGCAUCUUCUGAGGGACUCGCUGCGCUACUCCUCCCCUGGCCAUCGGAUGCGAAUACCCAGAGAGUCGUCGCUGAGAUUCGAAAUGCCCAGGCCGUAUUGGUACGGAGAUUUUCCACAGCCCGCUGUACCUCAGGUUCCGCGUUCUAGGAACGCUGAAACAUCUGAGCGAGUUUAUUUGACUCCUCGAUUUGCACCGGCGCACCCCGUGGACGGCGAAACGAUCUCCCGCUCAAGCACAGCGUCCCCAGCCACCGUUCCGAACGACGGACCGGAUUCAAACAUGCCAUUGCUCCGUAGAGUUGGACAUCGAUCCGUAGCUGCAAGCGAGCGCCGGUCCCGACGACGCCACGUAGUUGAUGGCCUUGGUGAUCGAGAGCGUAGUCUCGGGCCGGAAGAGGAUGAAAUGCAUGAUUCAUGGGAGACGCUCUUGACUACCAUUACACCAGAUGACCAGCUCCCUAGCCUCGAUUCCUCGUUUACCUCCGCAACAGCGAGUGCAUCGUCGGCACUAUCCAGAAACUCAGGACCCUCUAAUUCUUCCACUUCUUCGCAAACACCUCUCACAUCGUUUGGCCCUGACUCACCAAGAAUGCGCAUCACGUUUGAUGACCCGUUUCCGGAGUUUUCUCCGAAUUGCGAAUUUCUAAGUUCUGACUCUGGCUCCGAUACAGAGGCAGAAUCAGAGCCUGACGCGUCCAUGCGUGUGCCAGGGGCAAUGUUUGGCUUCACUAUUACUCGUUCAAGUGGACCUCGUGAAGGAGAUCAAGAAAGAAGAAGCCAAGACCGGAAUGAUGAUAGCAAUAAUGAUACGCCUGUUACUUCGACCAGCGCCUCGUUCAGUUCACAGUCGAUGCAUCCAGAUCUACAAGAGGUGCACGCGAUUCUCGACCGGCUAGUGCGAAGGGACGACAUUCCAGACGAGUGGUGGGCUACAGCAGGUUUAUCACGAACUAUUCGGCGCGAACUCAACAACGCUAGUACCGAGGACCAGGACGAUUGAGCCAAAUUCCCCGUUCCCUUUUUUUUUUCCUUCCCCUUUAUCUUCCCUUCACUUUCUUCUUUCAAUCUAUUCGAAGCGGAUAAGCUGGCAUUACUCUGCUUUGCUUUUAAGCUUUUAACUCGAUGGAAAAUCAAAUCCACCGGCAAAUAAGUAGCCGGCGUCUCGUCAAAAUUUUGACUUUGAUGUUGCUUUCGGGAGUAGGAAAUUCUUUCCCAUAUUUAUGCCGCUCGAAAUACCUGGUUUUGUCUCCCUUUUUUUUGGUUUUGUUUUGUUUUGGAGAUCUGCAUGUUGGACCAUUGGUGCUUCCUUCAAGCACCAUGUGGUUUUGUAUGAAAGCCACGAUUCAUGUCUGGUAUAUCUAGUAUUCAUUAUAGGAACAAAAGAGAGAUAGGGUCAACCUUCAGGACCUCUUUUGAAGAAUGAUUGUCGUCGCACAGCACCAAGGUGUUAAAAUCUAGUGAAGAAUUUUAUGAGGAGAAUAAACCAAAAAAUAUCAAAUAUGAUAAGCUUGACGCUAAGAUCA